AUGGUGAAGCAAAAAGUGACGUCUAAGACGUCAAAACGGUACAGAUACUCCUCCUUUAAGGAUAAAAUUGACAACCUCAGGAUAGAGCCAGCUAGAGACUUAAGCAAGAGAGUACAUGACCAUGUGGAGACUUCGCAUUUCUUGGCGUCUCUCGAGCAUUGGGAAGAUAUCAACAUGAGCGCCGGGUUUACGGAAUUCGCAGACACUGUGAGGCCUCUGGUCCAGACUCUUCCACAGAUUCUCUUUCACGAGGUACAGAUCUUCGACAACUUGCAUGACAAAAUCAGCAAGCAUGACGAAAACUCGCUUCAGCCGCUUCUAGAUCUCUUGUCGCAGUUUUGUCAUGAUCUAGGACCCGACUUCAUGCAGUUCUAUGAGAAAGCGAUGCGCAUGUUGACGGAUUUGCUUGAUGCAGCGAUCAACUUCGAGUCGUCCAACGUGUUUGAGUGGGGCUUUAAUUGUGUCGCUUACAUAUACAAGUACCUGUCGCGCAUCCUGGCACAGGAUCUCCUACCUACCUACAACCUCCUCUUCCCCUUAUUAUCGCAUAGAAAGGAAUAUCUCUCGCGUUUCUCCGCGGAAGUGCUUUCAUUUCUGGUCAGAAAGGCAAAACACAAGAGCUUGCAAAGUUUCGUGAGUCACACGCUCGAGCAGCUUCGAAACGCUGCAGACGAAAGUGUCUACGACGGCUUACGCGUACUGUACACCGAAGCCCUGACAUCUAAAAGCGAGUCCUUGCAUUCCAAGUUUGGCUCAAUGAUGGAGGUUCUAAUCGAUACUACACUUCAUACUGUCAAGAACCCUCGCUGCAUUUCUCUUAUGGCCGACAUCAUUCUGAACAUUGUCAGGCAUGCGUCUUCCGAACACGCCUCUCAGGUCUAUCUCACAUCAUUGACGGCGAUUGACGCAUAUUUAGAAGAGCCAUCUGUGGAUAUGACAGCAACCGCUCGAAUUCUGACAGCAUUGUCGUUUGCGGAGAGCGGCAAAAAAGUUGCAUCUUGGACGAGUCUAAUCGCUACCGUCAACAAAGCCAUUAAGCAUCCAAAAUCAAAUUCGAUGAUAUCCGAAGAUGUUGCUCUUCUUUUCUGCUUCAUUCUAAGGAACGCACCCCUGCCCGAUCUCGCUCAAUGUCACAGAUUGUUUUUCUCCUUUUAUAUGGAGACAUACACAGAGGACUUUUUACCAUUUUUCGGACUGGCUCUCAAGUACGAGAAAAGCCGAAUUUUGUCUUUCGGAGGUGCUAGAUCGUUGCAAAAGUUCAUCAAUUCGUUUUGGCAAUUGCACUCAAAGAAAAUAGCACUGUUUCUUCUGGAACUGAGGAAGGACCCUUCUCUCCUUCAGAAUCUGGAACCAAAAGUUCCAGAGGAAUUUGCCCAGAGCUUGCUUUCGGAUAUUGAGAGAGUUGAAUUAACGGACCACGAAUCUCUUUACGAAGUGUUCUGGAGACUGCAAGUUUUGAGAUCUACCGAUUGCUACAACCUGCCGAUCUUGGCGCCUAUCCUGACACUGCUACUGAAUAAACAAUCAUUGGACGAUUUCGAAAAGGACGUCAUUGGAACAAUUUUAGAAGUUAUGACAGUCAAAAAGGAUGACCAGCUAACUAAGAUAUUAACAUUAAUCUUUUCAAAAUUUGAAAAAUGUGGGGAAAGCAGAUCAUGUGUCGAGGGUCUGAAUCGGAUUGUAGCUAUGUCAGCAUCUCUGCGUGAUACCAUGCCAUAUGAGGCAAGUCAACAAGUCAUGGCUAAAAUAGCUGGCAACCUUAGCCUGCCCGAUGACAAAAUUCGAUAUGAAACUCUAAAACUCAUUAUAGUAAUAAGGGAGCAACUGGGACAAGAUGUUCCUCAGAUUUUCCGUGACUGCCGAUUGAUAGAAGAAAUACCCCGUAAUCUCCAGACUGCCCGUGAUGUCACAAUGCGCCUCAAAGCUAUGGGAACUGAGUUCGCGAAGAGUGCACCGGACGAGUUGCUGUGUGGUGUUUUUUUUAACUACCUGUUUGGCAGUCUAACGGUGAGAUUUUCACCCGCUUGGGAAGGUGUCUACCAAAUUCUACCAGAUGUUUUCGAGAAAGAUCAGCAGUUAACAUGGGAGCUUUUCUUGAAAUUCAUUGAUGCCCUUGACAAUAAUUUUAAGCUUCAGUACUACUCGCCAAGCUUCUUGGAAAUAGGAAAAGAGUUUGGGUGGUCUGUUAGUGUGUCAAGAUUAAAUGACUCUUUGCAGAGUUGCAAAGAGGUUUUCGAGUCAUACUUUCUUUUGGACUUUUCCAUUAUUGAGAACUCUAAGCAAUCGAGAAGUGAUUUGACCUAUCCCGGUCUCAUUAGGAACCAGGCAUUGAAAGGUCUUCUCUUGAUUCCUCAAUUAGCCGAACGCCAUUCAAGGGACAUUGUUCCAUACUUUCUUAAAUCCCACCCUGCGAAUAGCGAAUUUGCAGAAGAGGACUUUGAAAAAAAAUCAAGUACACCUAGUACGUGGUCAGAAGGUGACCGAAAGCAGUUAUUGCAGCUCAUUGGGAAAUUCAAGAAUAUCAAAGCCAUUUUCAGAUCAGAAGAUGUUCAUCAAAGGCUUAUGGAUCUUCUAGGUAGUAGAACUACUGAGAUUCAGAAAAUGGCACUCGACGGCAUUUUAGCCUAUAGGGAGAAAGCUGUCAUAAAGUACAGAGAUAACUUGAAGAAUUUGCUAGAUGACAAUGCCUUCAAAGAUGAGUGCCUGAAUUUGCUAUCGUACAGCGAUGAGCCAGUGAUUGAUGUUCACGAUGAAGCCGUUGUCAUGCCCGUCAUACUGCGCAUUCUUUUCGGCCGCGCUCAAACACCGGUGACUAGUGGUUUAAAAAAGAGCAGAAAGACAGCAGCUAUAACUUUGUUACCAAACUUGACCGAAAAGUAUGUCAUCGAUUUCUUGAAACUUGCAAGUCAUGGCGUUGAGUAUCAGAGCUUAUUUUGCAACGAGUUUGACAUGGAAUCCGCUGAUGUGACCAGCUUGUCGUUAAGAAGGAUGACCGGUUUUGUUACACUUGCCCAAACUGCUGUAAGUGCUUUAGGAUCGCGCUAUCCCAGAGCAACAGCUACGCUGCUCAAUCCAGUGCUUUACGCGAUAUAUGUCUCGAAUGAAGUGGCCAACCGCAAGACGGACGAAGAUUAUAUGGUGAAGCAAGCUGGUAAUGUCAGACAACUGUCAAUGAAAUUGAUGUUAAGCAUCUUUUCUACUGUGGGCGAUAUGAUCGAGUGGGAUGACCAUGUUCCAACAAUUCACAAACUUAUGGUUGGACCAAGGCUUGCAAAGUUCGAAGACGAGAACUUGCAGAAACCAUCAUCUCUUAUGCUACUGAUAUCUCUCUGGGCAACAGAUGUUCGCUAUUACAAAUUUCUGUAUCACAACCAAUGCUCUGCGGCAGAGGCGUUCAUGCGGCUGCUUUCGAAGCAAAAUGCCAAAGAGGAGGUACUGAGCAUGGUUUUGACUUUUUCUAACCAAAUUGUGAAGAACCCUACGGAAGAAGAUGAAUACCUCGAUCUCAUUUCGCUUGUGGCGUCCUCCUGUUUGAAGGCGUUGCCAAGCGUGCUAAAUGUAGUGAAAAGCCAAGACGUUGCAGCCGUGGCUGUGGACCUCCUUUUGAACCUCAUAGAGGCCGGCUAUGUCCGCGAUAUCGAGACAAAACAGUAUCUUUUGAACUCCCUUGGGUGUAUUCUCGAAGGAGAACUGAAAGGGAUUCGCAGUUUGGAAAAAGUUAAGGUCGUGCAGUCCGUUUCUUUCCUGCUAGAAGACUAUCAAUGUGAUUGGGAUGACAUCAACACUCUCUACAAAGCUUGCUCGAAACUUUACCGAACAUGUUCUGAAAAGGAGCUGAGACUCUCAGUCAAUGCUGUGUUUUCAGGUUUUGCGCGCAUUUUCAAAUCGUUAGAGCGCAUAGCCACUUUGCUGAAUGACCUGAACGCGUUCGCCUCAAAGCGAAUGGAAACAUACGACUUCGAGACGGUUUUACCUGCGUUCAAGAAAAUAGAUGAUGGCGAUUGUAUGCUUUUCAGUGAAAUUGAGUGGCUUCCUGUACUAAACACCUGUCUGUUCUAUAUCAGAGAUGAAGAAGAGCUUGCCCUUCGAACAAACGCCACACAUACCUUGAAGCGAUUCAUUGACUACGUUAAUUCAAAAGAAUCUCUUGAGGCAGCCCAGCCAUCCGUCGAUCUGAUAACAUCACAAUUGUUGCCGGAUCUGAAAAAUGGCCUACGCCAUAAGAAUAUUGACAUCCAGGCAGAGUUUAUAUCCGUCACAGCUUACGUCGUUGGCAGCUCUGAAUACUACACAGAGCUAGAUGAUAUGAAGGUGUUGUUAUUCAACGGCGACCAAGAAGCAAAUUUCUUUACAAAUGUCGCCCAUAUUCAAUUACAUCGUCGUCAGCGCGCUAUCAAAAGGCUCGGCGAGAAUGGUUCCAGCUUGACAUCUGACAGUAUUGCUCAUUUUCUGAUACCGAUGAUCGAACAUUACGUCUACUGUACGGAGGAGAGGUACAGAAACAUUUGUAACGAAACGAUUUCGACCAUCGGGCUCCUUUCUCACUUUGUCACUUGGAGUCAAUACAAGGCGCUCAUGAGAAGGUUCACAGGUUUGCUCGAAUCUAAACCUCAAUUUCUGAAGGAAGUUGUGUCCCUCGUUGUUGCCUGCUCGAAAGCUUUGGCGACCUCCAUGGAUGCCACUAGAAGUAGUGACACAGAUGCUGUGAAAAUGAAAAAGCUUCCGGCUACUCUCUCUGGUCCUGAAACGUUUAUAAAGCAAGAGACGUAUCCCAAGCUCAUGAAAAUUCUCAACACUAGAAACGACGAAACCAUAGUAGCCAGAAUCCCACUUUGCGAGGCAUUGGUCGAGUCAAUCUUGGGUCUGGAUAUUACUGAAAGGGCUAACUACCUACCGGGAAUUUUGAGCAGCGUUUGUCAGGUAUUGCGCAGUCGUUCUGAAGAACUUCGCGAAGCAGUCCGCAAAAACCUCGCAAGUAUAUCUGUUAUUCUUGGACCUGAGUACUUGAGCUUCAUUUUGAAGGAACUGAGGAGUGCGCUAAGGAGAGGGUCUCAAAUCCACGUCUUGAGUUAUACAAUUCACUCCAUUCUGGUCGUUCUCUCUUCCAAACUGCAACACAAAGAUCUAGACACGACUGCGAGCAUGAUCGUCAAUGUCAUAAUGGAGGACACUUUUGGCUCUGCUGGUCAAGAAAAAGAUGCCGAAGGCUACACCUCAAAGUUAAAGGAGCUCAAAUACAACAAAAGCUACGACACAGCUGAAAUUGUUGCAUCAAACAUUUCAUUGGCUGCAUUCGGACACUUACUGCACCCCAUCAAGGCUCUACUCAAAGAAAAUUUGGGUUUGAAAAAUCAACGUAAGCUCGACGAGUUGAUGCGAAGAUAUUCGCUCGGUCUCAAUCACAAUGUCGAGAGCUCUUCCUCUGACGCCUUGAUUCUCUGCUACGAAAUCUUUACACAAUCGACUCUCGAAGGUAAAGAAAGAAGAGAAGCAAGAGGCUCGCAUCCAAAAGGGGAUUCCUUCUUUCUCAUCAAUCUCAGUGCGAGGAAUGACAGAGUGCAAAAUGAAACCAAAUCCAACAGUGCAGUUUUGCGAAAGUUUGCUCUGGACCUCCUUAAGACAAUUUUAACGAGAAAUGCGAACCUUCUCGAAGCAGCAUACCUCGAAAACUUUGUUCCUCUUUUGCAAGGAGCGCUGGAUUCCGAUGAGGAGGAAGUCUUAAUAAGUGCAUUGCGCGUUCUGAUCAUUUUAGUUAAACUAGAGUUCAUGGAGGAGAAUGAAGGCAUUUUCAAAAACUGUGCAAGAAAAGUCCUUAACGUGAUACGGGACUCUCCCUCCACUUCUAGUGAGCUCUGUCAAGUGAGUCUCAAAUUUCUCUCGUCUAUCAUUCGUCACAAAGACAUCGAGCUCAAGGAUACGGCACUGAGUUUCAUAUUGGGACGGAUUAGACCAGAUUUAAACGAGCCCAACAAACAGGGUUUGGCAUUUAAUUUCGUCAAAUCAUUGGUUUUCAAGCAUAUUGUGUUGCCCGAGCUCUACGAUGUGAUUGAUGCUAUCGCUGAAAUAAUGGUAACGAAUCAUUCGAAAGAAAUUCGGGACGUGUCUCGGAGUGUUUGCUAUCAGUUUUUGAUGGAAUAUGAUCAAAGUCGAGGAAGACUAGAGAAACAAUUCAAGUUUUUAGUCUCUAAUCUCGAAUAUCCAUCUCAAGAAGGCCGCCAGUCUGUGAUGGAGCUCAUAAAUCUGAUUGUCAACAAAUCUGGCAUGGAGCUGCUAUUGCGUGUAUCCUCGUCAUUUUUCUUGUCUUUGUCUAAUGUUGCUGCCAAUGAUGGUUCUCCACGCUGCCGUGAGAUGGGCACUGCUUUGCUAAAGACUCUUUUGAUGAAGCUUGGAAACCGCAAUGUCAGCUCUGUUGAAAAAUAUAUCACAGCGUGGUUAAAGCAAAGCGACCCAAUGUUCGUCGAGCUUGGAUUGAAAAUAUACAAAAUAUACCUGGGCGCUAUACCGUUCGGUAGCAACAACGCCUUGGACACCCUAGCCAUUUCGAAAGCCAAAAAGAUCAUUUCUGAGAGUUCUCUCGGUUCUGCUGCUGAAUGGAAUUUGAUUUACACAGCGCUUAAUGUUUUGAGCACUUACGUGGAUGCACAAGAAGAAAGUUUAACGAGUGGGGACAGUGAAAUGUGGUCAAGCAUCAUAGACUGUCUGCUGUAUCCUCAACCCUGGGUCAGAGUGGUCAGCGGCAGGAUGGUUGGAAAGCUUAUCCAACAGCGUGAAGAUGCAGGGAAGCCGCUAUCCGCCUCUAUGAUUCAGAAUAUUGCGUAUCGAACUUUCCACCAACUGGGAGCACCUUCCGUUUCAGAGUCCCUGGCGACAACCGCGGUCAAAACUUUGAUCACUAUUUUGAGAAAAUGGAUCUCUGAGAAAACUGCAUUUAUUCCGAAGGAAGGCGAAGACGCGAGGUAUGAUUCUGCAGUCAGCUUUUCGUUGGCCAGGAUAGGUUCGAUUCUGAGAGAUGAGGAAAACUUUCGCGAAACAUUCGUUUCCAAAAAGGCAUCUGUACAGUUGUUUGCUCUUAUCACGGAGAUGAUGGAUGAAACUGAAUUGAAGCUGGCUGCCGGAGCGAUUAUAUUGCCCUUGUUCACGUACCUGGAAGAUGACAGAAGGGUUGUUGAUGAACAAGUCCAGGAGCUGCAACAAAUGUCGCAGGAGUGCCUAGAAAUGUUACAAACCAAACUAUCUGUCUCUGAUUUCAGUUCGGCUUACUCUAAUGUCAAGCAAGAGAUUACUCGCCGCAGGUAUGAGAGAAGAGCGAAAAGGGCAGCUUUAGCGGUCACCGCACCGGAAGCUGCGGCGAGAAGGAAGUUCAAGAAGCAUGCUAGGUCAAAGGAAAAGAGACGUCAUGAAAAAGACGACAAUGGCUUCUAUCGUGCCAAAAACAAAAAGAGAAGGAUUUAA